CAUAUAAAGUUUAAAGUCCAAGGGCAAUAAUCUGGUCGUUUACACACGAGAAGGGUGUUCGCUAAGGAGACAUUUUGGCCGAGGUGAAGAUGAUGCGUCUGGGUACGAAUGGUGGGCAACUGCUGCUACUCUUCAUUCACGGAAUCCUCCUGUCUGUGGCCGAGGCCGGGCAGGUCAACGUGAAAGGGCAACUGGGCGGAUCCGUCACCCUGCGCUGCCUCUACCCAGGCUCCGAGUCGCCAGACAGCAUCAUCUGGUUCAAAUCAGAGUACGCGGACCGCGUGCAGAUUGCCUACAGGAACAGACGCGGACUCAACUCCACCGACUUCCACGGCAGCUACUCCCGGCGUCUCGAGUUCACCAACAUGGACCCCGAACUUAAAGACGCCUCCAUCACCAUAAAAAACCUGGAACUGCAGGACGACGGAGACUUCUUCUGCUUCAUCAGCGCCCUGGACGCUCGGCAAAUAUCCUUCACCCUCGAACUCUACAUUUCACCGAAAGCCACCCUCGAGAUGAGCAGCACUGACCUCGUGGAUGGCGGCGCGGCGGAGAUGGCGGUGGCCACGUGCGUGGCCUGGAGCGGGAAACCCGCAGGCCUCGUCACUUGGUCAGAGCAUCCGAACGUAGGGCGCGUCUCCCAGCUCUUCGAGGUCAACCCCAACAACACAGAGACCCUAAAGAGCGAGUACUGGAUGGUGCCCACAUACGAGAAUCACGGGAGGAACCUCACCUGCAGGGUGCGGCACCCUGCCAUGGCAGCCGACGUGGAGAUGACCAUCACCCUUAACAUUCACUAUCAACCAAAGGUGACGAUCACUGGCUACCAGGAUGAUUGGUUUGUGGGCAAAGAAGGAACCCUGACCUGUGCAGCUGAUGCCAACCCAGCGGUUACAGAAUACACGUGGAGCAAGAAUGAUGCAAUGCUCGAUGCACAGAAGGGUAAAGUUCUCCACGUGGGGCCACCGCUAACCGCGGCUGAUAGUGGCCGCUUCUCCUGCCGGGCCGGCAACUCGGUGGGCUUCGGCACGGCGACCAUCACCGUCACAGUGCAUCCAGAUACAAACCGGAGCCCUGCGCUAUUCCGUGCCUUCAACGUGUUCAUCGCCACAGCAGUCCCCCUGCUUUUGCAGCACAUGAUGGAGCCAUAGAGGGCAUCGGCCGGAGCUGCAGGACUUAUGAAUGCACAUCUAUGGGACGUUUCUACUUGCGUUCAUCCCACGGUUGGCUGUCAAGUACAAUUGAGUGGCAUUAAUUGACACAAUCCCUUUUAAAUCACAUGCCCUCGAUCAAAUUAACCAGCC